AUGUUUGUUUCUAUCUAUCCCUCUUUAUUCUUCGACCUAUUGCUCUGUUCUGCAUGUUCGAGCAUCUUAUAUGUUGUACUCCGAAUUUCGCGAACAACGAGAAGAUCCCAUUUCAGAGGUAUCCCUGGGCCGUUACCCAAAUCAUACAUUACUGGAAACCUAAGCCAGCUCUUCAAUGCGAAAGGCCUCCCAUUCCAUGAUGAUCUGACUAGACUUUACGGAGAUGUCGUAAAAGUGUAUGGGUUCUUCGGGGAUGAGCAACUUUACAUUUCCGACCCGAGGGCUUUACAAAGCAUCAUUGUGAAGGAUCAAGACUCAUUCGAAGAGACCACAACGUUCAUCGAGACAAAUAAACUUAUUUUUGGGGAAGGACUCGUCGCGACAGUCGGAGACCAUCACAAACGUCAGCGUAAAAUUGUCAGCCCUGCGUUCUCUGUCCCGCAGCUACGGAAGCUGGUCCCAAAGCUUUACGAUGUAGCGCACAGGCUGUCAGACGCCGUAGGGAAGGAGAUAGAGGGCUCGUCGGAGGUCCUGGACAUGGCACAAUGGAUGUCGCGCGUAGCGCUCGAAUCUGUUGGACAGGCAGUUCUGGGUUACUCAUUCGACCCUUUGAAUUCCCCGUCAAACAACCCCUACACCAAGGCGAUCCGUGAACUUAUUCCAGCACUCUUUCGCGUCUCCCUAAUCCGGCAGUUUGCUCCUUUUAUCUCUCGCAUCGGCUCUCCAGCGUUUCGUCGCAAACUUGUUGAUAUAACGCCGAACGCGACUGUACAAAAAAUCAAGAUGAUGUCCGAUGUAAUGUAUGAUACCGCAAAGGAUAUAUUACGGGACAAGAAGGACACGUUCUCUGGGUCAAAGGACGCGCACGAGCAAACUCACGACCCAAAGGACAUCGUCAGUAUUUUGCUCGGGCAAAAUAAGGGUUCUACUGCGGAAGAACAGCUCAGUGAUGAAGAACUGAUAGGACAGAUGACCGUCCUCAUCUUUGGCGCUCAGGAUACAACCUCUUCUGCCCUGUCUCGCAUCUUAUUCAUGCUAGCUACUCAUCCAAUAGUACAAGACAAUGUACGACACGAGAUUCAACAGGCACGCAGUCGAGAAAGUAAUACUCGACUUAACGAUGAUAACAUCUGUUAUGACCAACUUUUGUCGCUGCCAUGGCUAGACGCAGUCAUCAAGGAGACCUUGCGAUUAUAUCCCCCUGUUCCAUUUGUCCGCCGCACGGCUACUGAAACAUGUAAUGUCCCUCUAUCCACCCCUAUUAAGCCAUCGGACCCCACACAGGGCCAGCCGAGGACAGCGCUUACCAUCCCAAAAGGGACAACUCUCUUCGUGAGCAUCGUCGCCCCGAAUCGUUCCCCAUCCAUCUGGGGUCCGGAUGCUUUGGAAUGGCGACCGGAGCGCUGGCUUUCGGCGCAGUCGCUGGGCUCAGGACACAGGGAUGAAAUGAUGCGUUUACCUGGGAUCUAUUCAGGGAUGCUGACCUUCCUUGGCGGUGGGCGUUCUUGCAUUGGAUAUAAAUUCGCACAGAUCGAAAUGAAAGUCAUCCUCGCAACACUCCUGAGUAGAUUUUCCUUCUUCACGACCUCGGAUCAGAUCGUUUGGAAUCUAUCUCAAAUCAUCUCACCCUCUGUACAGAAAACAGACAUUAAUGGGUGUCUUUUUGAGCUGCAGGGUAUGCCGCUUCUCGUGAAGCAUGUAGUUGGCUAG